AUGCUAGAUGAGUUCAGUGCUGCAUGCUCACACUUUUUUGUUGCCUUUGCCAAAUGCAGUGAGCCAGUGAGAGCCCUGUCCUCUGAUGUGGCUGUUCGACUGGACUCUGGCUCAAAUGGCAUCCGCGGCCGACUGCCGAGUUUAUUCGGUGACCUGUGCCUGCGGAACUUUCACCAAGUGAAGAGAAUGACUUUCACUCCAGUCGAAUCCGGCAUCGGCGGCAUCCUCAUUGGCCUGUCCGCCGCGCUGGCGUACCUGGGCGAUGGGAAGAUCGCAGGGAUCAGUGGCAUCGUUGGGCCCUUCUUGCGCGGAGUCGGCAAGUGCCAGCCCAUGAAAGAUGGCCAGCUGUGGAAAGCUCUCUUUGUUCUCGGGCUGGUCAUUGGUGGUCUUGUGAACUUGUAUUUCAAUCAAGGCUUCGCUUACCCGCAGGCCUUGAAGAUUUCCUUGGUUAAAUACUGCCUGGGUGGAGUUUGCGUUGGCAUUGGUACUCGAGCUGGCAGAGGUUGCACGAGUGGACACGGCAUUUGUGGUCUCCCUCGACUUGCCCCACGCAGCUGGAUUGCUGUGCCCACCUUCAUGGGAGUAGCGGCCAUCACAGUGGCUUGGACUAGGCACUCCGCGGGCUUUGGCACCUGGCAAAUGGCGAAGCUCCAGUGGCCUCCCAAAUGGGAGUUCCCGGUGGCUGCAGCCCUUUCCAGCUUGUUGCUUGCUUUGCUGGCGGUGUUCCUGCCCUCCAAGUCUCUUCGGAGCAUGGUAUCGCCACUGUCAUGCGGAAUAAUCUUCGGCUUGGGCUUGGGUGUGUCUGGGAUGACAAACCAAGCAAAAGUCCUGGACUUCUUGGACUUCGGGGGGACCUGGGAUCCAAGCUUGGCUUUUGUGAUGGGCCUGGGGCUUUGCGUCUCCUUUCCGGCCUUCUUGUUCGCAGAGAAUGAGGACAGGAAACCCUUCUGCGGAGAAGACUGCAGCUUUGAGAAGCCUUCCAAGACUGGGGACUAUGGCUCGCUGGUGCUGGGCGCCACAUUCUUUGGCCUUGGUUGGGGGCUGGUGGGAAUCUGCCCAGGGCCUGCACUGGCUGCAGCUGUUCCCUACAUGAUUGCGGAUGGGACCGCUGGUCUCUACUUCGGUCUCAGUGUGCUGCUGAUCCUGGUCUCUUGGCUUGUGACGGACCAAGUCAUCACCCAAGUGAACGCUCCAGCGCCCGUGAAAUCGGCAGAGGCAAGAAAGCUGCUGGAUGAGAAGGCUUGA